AUGAUCGUUGAAGUCCCUACUGAAAACGAUCAAAAUGAUGUGUUUAUAUUCAUUGACAACUCUAACUUUUUCAAUCAAGCCAAGCCUGCAAUUAGUGAACUUGAAGGGAGCAAAUGGUUGUUUAAGGACUCUAGGCACCUUCUUAUUGAUUACAGCUCUUGUCCACCAUCACCAAAUGAUUCACUGUGGGAGCAGAUUAGAGAAGAAGGGUUCAAAGUAGUUCUCUACAAUCAAAAUGUUGAUAACCAUAAAAUGAAAGUUGAUAUGACACUUGCACUUCAUAUGUGUGAAGCAAUCUUUACAAAAAGGCCUGCGAUAUUAGCACUGAUCGCUUGUGAUGGCAACUAUUACCCACAAGUGGAGAAAGCUUUGGAGAAAAACUGGACUGUUGAGAUAUGGUUCUGGGAACAAGGCAUAAAACGGAGACUGCAACAAAAAUACCCAUCUCAUUUGACGAAAAAAUUAGUACCUUCAAAUCAGUACCCUUGUAUGUCAUUUGUGGUGCCCAAAUCAUUUUCUGACAGAAAUUUCCCAUAUUUCCAAGAAAUGUUUAAGGAUCUUAAAGAACAGCUCUGGACAAUUUUCAAACCUCUGAGCAGAGUUUUACAUGUGUCAAGGGACCAAAUAAUAUUGGUGAAACACUGCCAACCCUUAUGCUUGCAGAUGGCAAGAGGAGGUGCAACUUGA